AUGGCCUCUGUGCUACCCUCCAAUCUAAGUUUUCCACAAGAUACGAUGUGUGUCAACGAUAAAGACGACGAAGAGGAUGACAAGUCGUUGAAGGACCACACUGAAAAGGUGCAAAUCCAGCCUUCCUUGUCAGGUGCCGACCCGGAUGAUCCAUUUGCAGUGCUGUACGACCACAUCGUACCCCGAGAGGGACGCACCAUCUUCUUCAGUCGUCACGGGGAAAGUGAAUAUAAUGUCCAGGAACGCAUUGGCGGUGAUCCGCCUCUUACACCUCGAGGGACUCGCUUCGCCAAGGCCUUGGGACAAUACAUGAACACUUUGGCAUUGGAUGGCUUGAAGAUCUGGACGAGCACUUUGUGCCGCACGGGUUUGACCGCUCAAUACAUAAAAGGACCCAAAAUGGAAACCCCUCUGCUGAAUGAGCUUAAUUCUGGCUAUAUGGACGGCCUCACAUACAAGGAGGUACAGAAGAAAUACCCCGAAGAGUAUAAAGCCAGAGACGAAGACAAAUUGAACUACCGAUAUCCCGGAGGUGAAUCUUAUGUCGAUUGUUGCCAUCGGAUAGCCCCCAUUUUGGCUCAAAUGGAAGAGGAGGAAGACAAUUUGAUUAUUGUUGCUCAUCAGGCGAUCCUCCGUUGUAUCUUUGGUUACCUCUUGAAACGGCCAUUGGAAGAUGUUCCCCACAUCAAAAUUCCUCAGCAUGCCAUAAUGCAGGUCACCUACGAUGGUGGAGAGAAUGUGGUCGAUUUCAUCCGAAUGCCCAUUGAACAUAUAGAACAAGGAGUUAUUGAGGCUUCAACUGCUUAAAAAUCCACAUAACUACAACUACUAAGACUGAGAUCAAUUAAAAGUGAAGUGUAAAAGACAAACGUGUUCCAGCACAAAUAACUUGGUGAAUGACAAUCCCACGUGAAAUUGGGUCACAAGGGGGACAAGGAGUGCAUUGGCUUGCCUCUAUUUGAUCCAGUUCAAGGCAUUUCAAGGACUACUUAUUUCUCAGUCGAAAAUGACGAUGAAAAUGGAUGCUUGCUUAGCUGCCAAAAUGAGAUAUAAUAAACCCUAACUAUGAA